AUGUUUAAUUUUUUACUUCUUCUUUUAUGUCUUUUAACGAGCUAUGCAGCAUCGUUGGCAUGUCCAUCUGUAUGCAAAUGUUCGUCCACUGUUGUAACAUGUAUUCAACAGGGUCUCACUGAUCAAUCUUUAUUAUCGCUAACCGAAUUUCCUACAACAACACUUGUUCUAAAUUUAUCCUCAAAUCGUUUAACAUCAAUUGAUUACUUACUGCAACAAAAUGUCAACGGUUUAGAUUAUUUAGAAGCAUUAGAUCUUUCUUCAAAUGGGAUUACUCAUUUACCUUAUGAACUAUUAAGACGAUUUACUCAACUAUCAACUCUGUUACUAAAAUCAAAUCAAAUACAAACUUUACCUCGAUCAUUCAAUGAGAAUAGUAAUAUUUAUUUAGAUUUAGCUCAAAAUCCUUUGGAAUGUGUUUGUAAACUAAAAUGGAUUCAGAAAUGGUUAAAAACAAUAAACAUAACAAAAACGUCGAAUUGUUACAAACCACGACAACUGCAAGGAAUACCUCUAACUAAAUUGAAAGAACAAGAUUUAUGUGUAACAAGUAAUUCGUACUCACCUCGUGACCAACAUCAAACAUUAUCAUUAUCCAUUUAUCCCGAUCAAUCGCAAUUAGUUUAUGAAAAUGAUCCAUUUUAUUUAAAUUGUUCUUUACGUGUUAAUAAUCCACAUGGUCAUCACUUGACGUGGACAGUAAAUAAUAUACCUGUUCAAUCUACUGAGACUUCAUUUGUCAACAAUUAUCUUUCAUCAGCAUUGAUUAUUCCAUCACUGCAUGUAUUAAAUCAUAGUGGUCUUUAUACAUGUUCUUAUCUGAAUCGAACCUACAAAAGUGUCUCGUUAAAAGUUUUAUCAUCAAAUUUUGUCUGUAAUGAAUAUUACAUAGAAACAUCCAAAGGCACAUUUAAAUGGCCUCGUACAUUGAAUGGAAACGAAAUUGAAUUAAAAUGUCCAUAUGGGAAUGCGCCAUGGUUCAAUCUCAGUGCAACUGCUCAUGGUUAUCAUAAAUGUUCAUCGAAAGGAAACUGGAUAGAUUUAGAUUUAUCACAAUGUGCAUUUAAAUCAAAUAUAUCGAAACAAAUUGAUGACAUUCUAACGGAAUAUCAACAAACUAAUUCAUCUGUUAUUAGUAAACUAGUAGAACUUACCAAAGUUGUAUCACAUGCACAAGCAAAAAUUAUUGAUAUCAUUCUGCUCAUCAGCGUCAUGGAAGAAUUAUACAAUUCAACGCAAGCAACUGUUGUUACGAAUCAAGAACAAGUGUACAGCGAUUAUUAUCGUUUGGCUGAUUUUAUUCUUCAAGUUGGAUGUUCGGAAGAAAACCAAUGUCUUUUACUUAAAAAUGAUUUUAUACAAGCAAUACAAAGAUUACACAUGAUACUUGUCUCAAUUUUGAAAUCAAUUAAUCAUCAACCGUGGAUAUUCGCUGGUAAACAAUUGACAGCAAUAACUCUUAUUGCACAGCCUACAAAUGAGACAACAGCGUCUUCAUUCUAUUGUUUUGUGCCAGAUCGACAAUUAUUAACGUUAAUAUGUGAUAAAAAUAUUGUACCACAAUCACGUUUAUCGAGUAUAUAUAUACAAUCGAUAUCAAAUUCAACUCAGCUUCUCUAUUAUCGUCAAUCAACACUAUUCAUCAAUAUGGAAGAUCAACAAUUACAACCUAUAAACAAUCUGGGUAUAUUUUAUGCUCAUACAGAGUCUUCUAAUUUGUCGAUUGAAUCUUAUCGUUUGACCUUUCAUGAGAAAUCAGCAUCACCUUUUGUUUACGUUGGUAAAUGGAAUAAAACAGUGUCAUCGUGGACAAUUGCAAGUAGCUGUAUAGUCGAAUUUCAAAAUCCCGAACAAUAUAUAAUUGAAUGUACAAAUGUUGAAGAUUCGUUACUAACGCUUCUAUCAGAUACGAAAUCGAACAUUAGAAUUGAUUACUUAGAAUUGGCUGUUUAUGUUUCAUCUAUUAUUGCAUCAUGUUGUUUUCUCACGUGCAUUAUGUUUUAUUUAGGCUGUUCGAAUUGUAUUUGGCGUAAAUUAUAUGUGAUCUGGUCUGGACCACGAGAACAAUCGGAUAAAUCAGUUAUUGUUUUACAAGAAUAUGAUGACGAUGGAUUACCGAUAAUGAAACUAAAAUCAAAACCGCUAAUUCAAUUUUAUUUUAUUGGCUGGGGAAUUCCGCUUAUCAUCUGCGGAAUCAACGUAGCUAUCUCCAGAGAACAAUAUCUAGCUCAAACAUUUUGUUUUUUAAAUGGUGUCGAACCUUUGUUAUCGUUAUUAUUACCAUCAUUCGUCUUCAUCUUUCUCUUAGUUAUAUUUCUGAUCGCAGCGCGUGUAAAUAUUAGUCGUUUAACAAAAGAAGCUCUACGUUUAAGAAAUUUACCCGAUUCUGAUCUGGAACAAGAUGAGCAAGAAGAACAAGAACCAUUGAAUAAUAAUAAUACAAUUACUCCUGAAAAUCUUCCAAUUAUAUUUCCAGCGGCAAAUAAUACUAUAAAUCUAAAUCCUGAAUGUAAUCAAUCUCAUAACGAUAGCAUUUGUUCUUCAGAUAUGGAUCAUCAACAUUCACCUCAUAAUCAACUUUUAGCCAUUCUAUUUCAACUUCUAAUACUUAUUCUUAUCUUCAUUACAUCAACAGCAAUAUUUAUUCGACCGUUGCAUCGAUAUUUUCCACAUAUAGAACAAAAAUUUAAAUAUGAAUAUGCUCUUUAUUCACAUUUAUAUGGUUUUCUUGUUCUAUUAUUAGCUCUGUUUACAAUUAGUUUUUAUUUGUUAUCUCGAGCUGAUAUAAUCACAUAUUUGAAACCAUUUAAACGUAAAAAAAAUAAACUUGAACUAUUGCAUCAACAGCCACCACCACCCGCUCCACCGCAGACACCUCAAUUACAGCCAAUAACAAUAAAUAAUAAUGGCAAUAAUUGUAAUAAUCAUUUUAGUGGAGAUGAAUCGGUUGUAUCUCAUAAUUCUCUACCGCUACGUCCUCCUUCACCAUCUCAAACGUCAACAACUCUAUAUCAAUGUUUGGUACCGCAAAAUAGUGAAAUAACAGAACAAAGUAAUAUAUCAUUUGGUACCAAAUAUCAAGCACAUGUAGCAUCAAAAUAUUAUGCCAAACAUCGACAUCAGUUAAAACAACAAAAUACAAAUACAACAACUGCAAGUGAAUCAUCUCUACUAACGACGAAAGAUGAGAAAGUAAAUGAUACACAAUCAAUAAGAUCGCCGACACCUCAGACAACCACAGCUUAUGUUCAUCAUCCUUUCGUAUCACCAAAAGCAAUAACUAUCAUACCAAAUCAAACAAAUGAUUUAUCGGCAAUAAACUAUGAUCUACUUCCUCAGAGACCAAUUUAUAGUCCAACAAAAACCACAAUAACAUUAAAUAAUGGUGCACUAAACUUACAGCACUCUCCAACGGCAUUGGUACCUUCUACUUAUCUUCGUCCAACAUUUCUAUAUCCGUCUCCUUUACAACCUCAAAUAAAUCCUUCGGCUCAAGCAAUCAUUCGUCCUCUACCAUUAGUUCGUUUAUCUUCGCCAACAAUUUCUGUAGCUACUACAAAACAGUUAACUCCAACAAAUGGAUCAUUUCGACUUCCAUCUAGUGUUCAACGUCCAACUGAAACAAGUAUAAAUUAUGAACAAAAAAUAACAAAUAAUGGUGAAAUAAAUAAUUCUAAAAUUUGGAAAAAACAUCCAGAAAAUAAUCAUCAUAAUGGAGCAUUUGAUUUAAAACAAUUAACACCAUUUAUUGAUGAUGACGACGAAGAAGAAGGAAAUGAAGGUGAAUCAGUAUCAUUAAAAUCUACGCACGAAGAAAAUAAUGGCUCAACAACAACAUCAUCAUCGGAAACGCAUAAUUAUAAUAGAAGAGGAGAACUCUCAUCUUCUUCAUCAGAUACUGAAUCUCUAACCACACCUACAAUUACAAAUGGACAUACACAUAAACAUUAUAAUAAUCAUCAUCAAAUAUUACAUGAAAGUAUUAUUCUUCGUACCCGUUUAUGUUAUAAAUUAAUUCAACAGCGUUCAUUUCAUACUAAUCAUAAAUUAUUAAUAAAUCAUGUCCGUUAUUCUUCUACAGAAAUAUUAUCAAAUCAAAACAGUGCUUUCACAACAUCACCAUCAUUGGGCGAUGUCAAACAACAACAGCAAUCAUUAUUGACGUCAACACAACGUCAGUUAGUUACUCGAAUUAAACAUUUAUUAACACAACUUCAAAUUCAACUUGAUUUAUCUAAAAAAGAUAAACUAUUGUUAUUGGAAGCAGUUGAUAGAAUUGAACAAAUAUUUUUAUUCGUUGUUGUUGGAGAAUUUAAUUCUGGUAAAUCUCAAUUUAUUAACGCUUUAUUAAAUGAAAAGGAGUUAUGUCCAACGGGAGUAUUACCAACUACCGAUCAUAUUCACAUUAUAAAAUAUGGCGAUAAACGAGAACAAAGAGUGGAAGAUAAUGGAAUUAAAGAAUUUUAUAUUAAAAAUGAAUUAUUAAAAAAUACUUCUUUGGUCGAUACACCAGGAACAAAUGCAAUACUUCAAAUUCAUCAACAAAUUACAGAACAUUUUAUUCCUCGUUCAGAUUUGAUAUUAUUUGUUACAAGUGUCGAUCGACCAUUUAGUGAAAGUGAGCGUAUUUUUCUAGAAAAAAUCAAUGAAUGGAAAAAAAAAGUAAUUAUUGUAUUGAAUAAAAUCGAUCAAGUUCGAUCACAAGAUGAUAAAAUGAAAAUUCUCAGUUACGUUAAAGAGAAUGCCAAAAUUGUUCUUCAAGAUCAAACAAACGAUUUGAAAAUAUUUCCAAUAAGUGCAUUGAACAAUGUGGGAAUAAAAGAAUUAGAACAAUAUAUUCGAUUUGAAUUGAAUUCUGAAAAUAAAAUCGAAAUUAAAUUACAAAAUCCAUUAGGUAUUUGUGAUCAUUUAUUAAAACAGUAUCAAUCUUUACUUUCUAAUCGACAGACAAUAUUGAACGAUGAUUUAAAAUUAUUAGAUUUAUUAGAGCAAGAUUUGAUCAAUUAUCGCUCAGAAAUGUUAAACGAUUUUCAAUUUCAACUAAAUAAAAUUGAUAACUUAUUCUUACAAAUGUUGGAUAAUACCGAUAAAUUUUUAUCAGAAAAUGUUCAGUUGACGAAACUAAUCGAAAUGCUAUAUAAAGGCACGGGAGAAAUGAAAUUACUGUUUGAUGAACAAGUGAAUAAAAAUAUGCAACAAAAUAUCAACGAAUACAUUUCGACUCUCUGUGAUUGGUUAGUAGAAAAAAGUAAUAGAACAACACAACAAAUAUCAAGACAUUUAUCUACGACAAGAGUUAGCGGUACGAGUGGUGGUGGUCUUGAAUUUUCAUUAUCUCGUCAGACUAUUCUUAAUCAAUUACAAAGUCAUUGUCAAAUUGUUUUAACCGAUAAGGAGCGAGGUACAAUAACACAAGCGGAACAAUUGAGCCAAAAUAUUAAAAGUACAAUGAUACAAACGGCUGCUGUGGAAAUUGGAGCUGUUGGAUUGGGUGCUUUAGCAACAUUGGCAACAUUUGAUUGGACCGGUAUUGCUGGUGCUGGUUUAUUAGCCGUAACUGGUUUGUAUAUAAUUCCGAUGAGACGAUCAGCAAUCAAAAAAGAGAUGAGAAAACGGAUAGGAGAUACACAGACAAAGAUAAAUGAAGUAUUACAUAAACAUUUUACAAAUGAAUUAGAUUCAAACAUAAGAAAAAUGAAACAAGACAUUCAACCAUACGAACGUUUUGUACGUGUUGAACAAGAAAAAUUAUUAGAGAUGAAUGAAAAAGUAGAAUUAAUUAAAAAAGAAAUUAAACAAUUACGAAUUGAUAUUAAACAAUUACAUAGUAAAUAA